AUGAUUAAUCAAUAAACUAUUUAAGAUAUGGUACCAUAUAUAUGGCCUGAUGAAUAUGAUGAUCGUCUUUAAUUUGCUCUAGAUCUAAAAAAGGAAUUUGAAACCUUGAUUAUUUCCUAUCCUUAACAUAAGGAUAAUAUAUUAUAGACAAUGUAGAAAAUUUCAGAAGAAGCUCCAUAUUUGGAUUUAUAAGACAUAUUCCAAAUUAAUUAGGGUAAAACUCAUAAACUAUACUAAUUUCUAUAUCCCAUUCAUUCCAAUAAUACACAUAUCGAUUUCAAAUAACCUGUUACCAACAAAACUUUAUAAAAACUCAUAUCUGACUCUUACAGGUUGUUUAAUCGCAACAUCUUAAACUACUAAUGCAAGCUUAUUACUUAUGCAAAGUACUAUAAAGCAUCUCUCUCAAUAUUCAAGAAAUCCAUCAACCAAAUGUAUAUAGAUUUCAAUACUUUAAAUUUUGUUUGUUCAUGUGCUACAAGAUAGUGCAUUACUUUAAAUAGAUUAUGGAGUGAUUAUGAUGAUACUUCCGAGAAAUACUAAAAACUACUAUUAUCUCUAUAAAAAUUGGAAUAAAUGUAAAAGCCGGAUGAUCUUACUCAUUAUUUCAAUCGAUAAUCACUAAUCUUAUUUACAUACUCUUUAGCCUAAUGUAAUGCGAACAAACCAUUGCCAUUCAAUUAGGUGAAUACUAUUUACCUUUUAAAUAAUAACCAAUCAAACCUCACUUUGAAGAAUUAACAGAAGAUUUUACUUGGAAUAUAAAUGGAUUUUCCUAAAUUAGAGAUUAUUUUCCUAAACUAGCACAUAAACUCAGUAAGAGAAUGA